AUGCUCCUCGUCAGCAGGACUCUGGUGCUGGACCUCGCCCCACAUGUGCACACCUCCAACCUGUUCGCCCUGUCCCCGGAAGACGUCCCUGAAGGCACACCGCACAGCAACCUGACGCUGGUGACCCCGCCUGUCAUGCGCAAGCUGACGGGGCUCCAGAGCGUGGGGCCCGGGACAUUGGCGGCGGAGGUGCUGCGCAACGUCUACUCCCACGACCUUGCCUCCUGCGGGCCACGCCAGCUGGUGCUGGACGGAGUGCAGGACCCGGGCAACAUGGGCACCCUGCUGCGCACGGCGCUGGCCCUGGGCUGGACCGACGUCGCACUGCUGCCUGGCUGCUGCGACCCCGGGAACGACAAGUGCCUGCGGGCGAGCCAGGGCGCCUCGCUCCGCCUGCGCCUCGUGGCGACGGAGGACGUUGAGCUGGCGGCGUCCUGGAAGGCCACCGGCCGCAUGGCCUUCGCGGCCAUGGUGCCGGAGGGGACGGCGGUGGGGCGGGGCGGGGGCGCGGGGAAGAAAGGACGAGCCCUCCCCUCCCUGGAUGUCGCCGACGGCUACCCCGGCGGCGUCGCGCUGGUGCUGGGGGCGGAGGGGCGCGGCCUGUCUGCCAGCCUGGCACGCGCGUGCCUCCACCUGAGCGUCCCCAUGGUGCCUGGGUCGGUGCAGUCCCUGAACGUGGCGGUGGCGGGGGCCAUCCUCAUGGCCGCCUGCUCCGGCGCAUGGCCGCACCUGGGAGAGCCUCAGGACGGCCGGUGA